GCUGGACAAGCUCCUGAACGAUGCGUUUCCAAUAAAUUCGUCGGACCAAGCUCCGGUCUGAUCGUGCUGGUGCACGAAUUUGUCACGCCUGCAGAAGCGAGCCCUGAUUUGGCUGUCGAUUGACGAAUGAGUGAUUGAGUGAGCUAGCUUGCAGUGAGCGAGUGAGUGCGUGCGUGCGGGCUUGCUCACCAACGUGGGUGGAAAUUUUAACGGAGCCGCGAAGCGAGUGAGAGAAUGGAGUCGGAAUUGGAGUGAGUGGUUGUUGCGAAAAUAGAAUUUCACAUCCUUCCCUUGCGAGAGCAAUUUGUUCCUGAGCGAGAAGCUAGCGACUCGGGAGUCUUGGUACGGGGACUUCUGAAUCGGCCUUGGCCAUGUGGAUGGGCUAGAUAAGGUGUGGAAAGGAUCAGAAGUAUGUUCUGAAGGCUUGGCUGGCUGAGAAUCCUCGAUCUCGAAAGAUGACGAAGAAGGUGGACAAUCAUGGCUGACAGACAUCCUGCAUAUCACCAGCAUAGGUGUAUGUGAGCACAUUGAGGCUCUUUUUGGGCAGGAGAACGCACAUGGGGGCUUUCCACCCAACCACGCCGUUCUCGCAGAAGAUUGCUCAAACCUCAUGCCAGUGAACAUCAACUUCAGGAAGCGCCUCUGAACAUAAGAUUUGGCACCAUUGCAAUGGCGACUGGAAUGAGGGGUUCUCCAAAGGAGGAGAUGAGGAGUAUCGAAAGAGCAGGAGAACCGUUGUCAAGCAAAGACGUAAAACUUGAGAGUUUUUCUGGCGUCGAAACUGGUUACAAAGGCACGGAUGUGAAAUCAACCACCUUGCGGAGCAAAAAGUUGUCUGUUGGAGAAGAUGGAGCAAAGUCUCCAGCAAGCUCCAACAAGGUUUCAUCGGUAUUUUUGCCCAAAAGCUUACUGAGGAAAUCGAUAGCGCCGAUUCUGUCAAUGAAGAGGGUCCGCUUAACGAAAGAUUCCACUGGACAUUUUUUCGUUUUUUUGUUAAAGCUUGCUGCCUUAGAAGCCGUAAGACGAGGCACAAUAGCCAAGUGUCCUCAAAUAUGGUGGGGACUCCAAGGAAUAUCUCUUUUUCAAGCUCCACCCUUCAGCUGGUUUCAACGAUGGGGUCCCAUCCGACAACUUGUGCAGGGCACGGAGAGCUUUUCCAAACCUAUGUUUGUUCUCUCCCUUGCAACAGCAGUGACGGGUGCCGUAGAGGAAAUUCAACAGGCCUCACAACCGAAUUUGCUAGAUAGAGUAUUGACCCCUGAGUCUUCACUUAUCACAAGGCGUGUACAAACGUUAAAUCGCCUGAAGCGGGAAUUACGCAGUGCAGAAAUUGAGCUACCAGAAAGGAUUAACGAUGAUGAAUUGGAAAGGUUCCUUGUCGCUGCGAAUAAGAAUCUUGCUAAAUUCGUUUCUAUAGUUAAGAAAACCGUCAGCUGGAGAGAAAGCUAUUACUUUCUCAACGCCCUGGAGCUCCGAACAUGGUCACCACUAGUCUUCUGGCAUGACGAAGAUCAGAACUCAAGGCCCACUCUUUACAUUCGUCUUGGUCUUGCUUAUACAACCCUUCAACCUGAAGAUCGACCCCGUUUCUGUCAAGCAGUCGUGUCCCAAGUUGAACACGGGAUUCUCCAUCUUGUACACGAAGAAGAUCCAAGAAUCACAGUCAUAUUGGACUGUGAAGGGACGACGUGUGUUGGAUUCCCUGUAGCGAUGAUGAAGUCCUGCUCUGUACUUGUACAAGAACACUAUCCAACACGACUCGCAGCUCUUUUUGCAGUCAAUCUACCUCCUGUUGUCAGGGUCGUCGCGAAUGCUGUAUUGCAGGUUGUACGCCCAGUAACGAGGGAAAAGGUGACUCUACUUGGGGAUGUGUUUCUCGGAUCAUUAUCUGAGUUCUUGGGUGGUACAGACAAGGUUCCAUCUUAUCUUGGUGGAUCAUGCCAUUGUGCCAAGUGCUUGGAAGACCGAAAAUCGGAAGGUGUUUAUCAGAUUUCUAGUGAAAGAGCACCUUACGGUCAAAUUCGACACGAAGAGGAGGAAGACGAAGAAGUAACCGAAGAAAGUGGGUAUCACGAGGAGCGAAUUACUACUGACUACCAGUCUUAUAAUUCUUCGUUGAGAGUGGCAAUUGUAGGUUUGCUUAUGCUUUGGGUUGUGAUUGCUAUGGUGGCGGCUUUGCAAGAACCUCAGCUUCUUCCGACCUGAAGGGGUAUCGGAAGAUGAAUAACACACAAUGGUAAACCAUAAGAUUCACUUUUCUUUCCAAGGUGGUGAUUGGAGAACUAACUAUAGAAAUGUUGUGCCUCUAAGAUUCUGAAAAGUCUGAUAAUGAACUUACCAGUAUCUAUAGCAUGAACACGUUUGAUACAGAAGGGCGGGUAUACUUUUCAAUGCUAGUCUUUGCUUCGAACUCAGGAGGAUGAGUAUCAAGAGGAAUAUCGCUGACGAAAACCAUUUGUAAUUAUAUGUGAUUCACAGUAAUAUCAGUAGUGCACUUGCCAACUUGCAACAUCAUGUGCUGUGUUUUCUAGGAAAUAUCCGAUUGGAGUAUGCAAGAUUCUGCUUUCGCAGUCUUCAACCGUAGACAUGUGAUCUGCAUCGACGAAGCAAGAAGCCUGACUGGAUUCAUCACAGGAGUGGAAGUCCUUUUAGAGGACAAAAGCUAGUUUUUAGUAUUUUUAUUUCCUGGGGCUUUUUUGAAUCAGAUUCUUGGGCUUCUGGCAGAAUAUGGAUCAGCAGUAAGCCUACUAACUGCACACUCUCCGAAUACAGGAAAACCUUGUGCGAGAGAUGCAUCACAGAUUUGUUAAAUAUCGUGGAGAACUAAUUUGGUGGUUACUUAGCCGUAAGGCUUAGUCCGUGAAAUACAUGGCACUACAUGUCUGGAAGCUGAAAACCCAGAGACCGUGAAUUAUAGUGAGUAAAUUAGACAACCAUGUAUUGACAUUUCAAGGAGGUCGUCCGCAUGAGUUUUGACAGAUCGCUCUAAACGUUGAAGCGAUUUCAGUUGGUUUGACAGACGGCGGGUGCGAGUGCUCUGCUUCUGAGGCGUGUGAGCACUGAUCGUCGUGUCGGGAAACGAGAAAAUGCCGCAUCUGCAUGGUUUGGGGACAAUGAGUUGAUGGUUUCAUCAUUCAAUUUCGAGCAAAUUUGUACAGUUCCUCGAAAAGCUAGUAACACUAGUCCUCAGGAAGUUCAUCUUAGCUUACAUGCUUAACAGUUGCGCCCUUUUCCAGAGGCCUACAGAUUAAAAGCAUUAGAGGUUAUGAACAGAAAGUCUUUCGACAGUUUGUUUAUACGCUGAUUAGCGUUGAUCAGUGGGUUUUGUUGCAUCCAUUGUAACUUCAAUGGAAUCUUUGGAAACAUUUCAAGCUC